UUGGGUGCUACAGUGUAAAUCCACAUCCACUUUAGAGAUUUCUUAAAUUGUUUUAAUUAUAAUUUAUAGUGCUUGUUGUAUAGCUACCUAUAAUUAGCUUUUCUCUGCUUUACAAGUAUACUUUAGUUCCACAUGCUCCAAAUAAUCAUCAAUAACAACUGGAACCGCCACCGUUCCGUAACUGACUGUGGCGUCAAGACACGCAAUCUUUAAUAAUUUAUUGAAGGAAAAACAAAGAAUUCGUAUACGAUGUGGACAAAUGUCAAGUUGCCAAGCGGUGGGUCAAGGCAACGCCCUACCGAAAUGCUGAUCAAAGUUUUUGAAAAUUUCAAAAGGACACGAAUUAUUUAAAUCAGUAGCUGAGUUGAGCUGUAGCGCUGCGGUCAUUCGUGAAAAAGUAAAAGAAAUAGUUAGCUAAAUAUCAUCAUGGCCGAGGAACUAAUGCUAAGUUCGUCUUCAAAGCACAAGUCUAAAACGCUGUGCUUUUACGGCGCCUGGGCCUGGAUCGUAGACAUUUUUCUCACCGUUUUCCUCAUCGUUUUCAUACUCUACAUUCUGCGCAAAAUCAUACAAGGUCCAUUCUACCGUAAGCGUAAUCGCAUCGAUGAAAAAGUCGUCAUUAUCACCGGCUGCAGCGCGGGCAUUGGCAAGGAGAUCGCCCUGGAGUUGGCGCGGCGCGGUGCACGCAUUUACAUGGCUUGCCGCGAUGCUGCGCGCUGUGAGGCCACGCGCCUCGAGAUCAUAGAUGACACGGGCAACCAGCAAGUCUACAACCGCACACUCGACCUCGGUUCGCUGGAGUCCGUGCGUCAAUUCGCUGCACGUUUUGUUGCGGAGGAGCAGCGCCUGGAUAUUUUGGUAAAUAAUGCCGAUGUUAUGACUACUCAACGUACCCUAACAGCCGACGGGUUUGAGUACCAAUUCGGUGUAAACCAUUUGGGGCAUUUUCUACUAACCAAUCUACUGCUGGAGCGGCUGAAGGUAGCCGCACCGAGCCGCGUAGUCGUAAUGAGCUCCUUCAUGCAUCUCUUUGGGCGUAUAAACAAGGACGAUCUGAACAGUGAGCUGCGCAAAACGAAAAUUUUCGGCUCUUACGCUAACAGUAAAUUGGCGAAUAUACUCUUUGCGCGCAAGCUGGCUAAAUUGCUGGAUGGUACGAGCGUAACGGUAAAUAGCUGUAACCCUGGAAUCGUGCGUACCGAGGCGAUGUUUCGCAAGCAAAAUCCGCCGUGGCUGUGGUUCAUUGUCGACAAACUUUUCGGGCUGGUGGCUCGUACUCCGCUAGCAGGUGCACAGACUGCGCUGCGCCUGGCAUUGGAUCCCGACUUGGAACGAUCGACAGGGGGCUACUACUCUUACUACAUACGCUGGCCGCUGCCACCGUGGGCCACGAACAAAAAGAUGACCGAUUGGCUGUGGCGCGAAAGUGAGAAACUGGUCGGAAUAAGCAGUGGCGAACGAAUUCAAACGAUCGAUGUGUAA